GUUUUCGAAAUCAAAGAGAAAGGAAGCUUGGGACAGACAAGAGGUAAAUUUCCGCGCCUCUUUCAUUAUCUGCUUAUCACUUCAAUCGAUUCGACGCCAAUGAUGUUGUUUAACUUGGAAUUAUUCUGCACUGGUUGGUAAUUUAUGGAGGACCAGCUGAGUGAACUACCAGACGAAAUUCUUGGGAUAAUUUUGUCUUUAUUGGAUGUGAAAGAAGCAGUGCGGACAAGUAUUCUUUCUCGUAGGUGGGAAUACACGUGGACAUUGUUCUCUGGUAGUUUGGACUUUGAUUAUUCAGAUGUGGGAUAUGGAUUAUGUUUGUUAAGGCCAGGACGUGGGACUAUUGAUGUUGCAAGGCGAAAUUUUUUACAUCGGGUGAAUCGAGUAAUGGAAUGGCAUCAAGGUCCAGCUAUUGAUGGACUUAGCAUUGGUUUUGAUUUGGAUAUUCGAAGUUCUAGAUGUGAUAUCGAUCGGUGGGUUAACUUUGCAAUGGAAAAAAGAGUUCGAAGGUUCCAGAUGGACUUGACAUAUUACUUCGGAUAUACUGGGACCCGUUACACUUUCCCCCUGCAUCCUCUAAGCCUUUCAAACUUUAAUUCCCUGACGUCCCUAAGAUUGACAUUUAUGAAUGUAACUGGAGAAGUUAUCGAAUCCUUCUUAUGCAACUGCCCAUUACUGGAGGAACUGUCCGUAGUGGCCUCAUUUUGUGUUGUUGCGAAUCUGAAAAUUUCUGGUCCAUCUCUAAAGUUGAGACAUUUGGAGCUAGUCCUCGAUCUUGCGAAUCUUGAGAUUUCUGCUAGCAAACUAGUGUCCUUCAAAUAUGAUGGACCAGUGAUAAGCAUGCCUUUAAAGUAUGUUCCGGCUCUAAAUGUGGCUCGUUUUGGGAAGGGAUACAGUCGGUUUUUGGUUUGCAAUUUUGAACAGCUUUCAGUUUUUCUUUCGCAAAUAGAGACACUUGCUCUGGACUUUUCGGCUCUGAUGUUUGAACGUACAAGGUUUCCUAGAUUUCCCACAACCACUAAUCUCAAGCAGUUGGAAUUGAGAUUGGAUGUCCAUGAGAGAGACACUCUCUUUUCAUGUGCUUCCCUAAUAAGAUCAUUUCCUUUGUUGCAGAGAUUUGCGCUGCAGCUGCUUUGGGGAGUGGAGCCAGUAGAAAGAGGGCUGAGGAUACUAAAGGCUAGCAAGCAUCCACAUCUUUGUCUCAAGGUUGUGGAAUUUGUCGGAUUUGUUGGAUGUUCGGUGGAUAUUGAGUUUGCGAGGUACUUAAUUAACAAUGCUGUAACGCUCAAGAGGAUAUCCAUUGAUCCUCGCCGUCCGUAUCGAAUUGGAUUCAUUACCACCAAGGAGAAAAAUGCGGUCAGAGAGCGUGUGAGACAGUUGGAAUCAGAACUUCCUCUAGGGGUUGAGUUAGUUUUCUUUUAAGCACACUGCUGUUUUGGUACCAUUUGAUGAAUUCGAUAUACAGACAAUUAAACAUUAGGGUAUCUAAUACACAUCUGCAACUGGUUUCAAUUUUUCGGAUG